GGGGCUAACGUGGAAAGACGUUCGAAUAGAUCCUUCUCCUUCUGCUUCUAAUUUUCUUCUUGCUUUUCGAUGUGGUGACUAAAAUCCAAACUCCUAAAGUCCAAUCUCGUAAAGCAAUUCUUCUGGUUCGAAUUCGCUGCUCUCGUCUAAGAAUCCGGUAAAGUUUUCGUCUUUAAUCUCGGAGGAAUUGGGGGGUAGAGUUUCGCUGCCGAGGAAUUGGAAGUAACGCCACCUUCGAUUGCCUCUAUUCCGAUCGAAAAGGUCUGUAGUUAAUCUUUCAUAGGCAAGUUGCCUAGUUGGGUAAUGUAGGUUUCACAAAAAAAAAGUGACAAACUAGUCCUUCACUGAGACAGUUAAGUAAUUUAGGUUUGACCCAAGUGCUACAUUGGAGAGAAUUUGAUUGGCCUUUACUCUUACUGUCGAAAAUGAUGGAAGUCCUCACUCCCACUGCUCGCAUACAGUUGUCCGAGAUGUUUUUGGCAGUAUUCUUUUUCCAUAGUUCCGAGUACCUAUUAGCGAUCACCUUUCAUGGGCGGGCCAAUGUUACUCUUGGAUCUCUUCUCAUCAGCCAAAAUUAUCUUAUCGCGAUGAUCUUCUCGUUGGUCGAGUAUUUGACUGAAGUCCGUCUCUUCCCUCAACUGAAGGAACACUGGUGGAUAAGCUACUUUGGGCUUGUGAUGGUUGUGGUUGGGGAAAUUGUUCGUAAGAUGGCAAUCAUAACUGCCGGUACUGCCUUCAAUCACAUGAUUAGGACUCGUCCUGAUGAGCAUCACAAACUAGUUACGCACGGAAUCUAUAGAUAUAUACGUCAUCCUGGAUAUUCUGGUUUCUUCAUAUGUUCAGUCGGUUCCCAGAUAAUGCUUUGUAAUCCGGUGUCGACGAUUGGGUUUGCGAUGGUUGUUUGGCGCUUCUUUUGUCAACAAAUACCAUAUGAAGAGUAUUUCUUGAGGCGGUUUUUCGGCUUGCAGUACGAUGCAUAUGCAAGACGCGUUCAUUCUGGUGUUCCAUUCGUAAGGUAAAAACUUGAGGGGUUCUACGAGCAGAGCUAACUUCAUUUUGAUUAAAUUUUGUAGUUCCUCUGCCGCUUUUUAGGAGGGCUUGGAUUUUUGAAGUUUUAAGUUUUAACAUAUAAACUGGUGCCAAGAGUGAUAGAGCUUUUUAUCUUCUUCCAUUGUAUCUAAUCUGGUGAUAGCUUAUCUAGGGUAGACAAAACCCAUCAGAGUUAAUGACAUCUAAUAAGCUAUAUCUGAAUGCUGAAGCCUGUAAAGUCUAUAUCCCAAAAACUUGCAUAUUCUAUGACUAAAUUUGCCACUUUAAACUAAUUUAAUGC